AUAAUUUAGAACAGAAUAUGGAGCCUGAGGAAGAAAAGGGUAAUGAAAAGCAAGACGAAAUCCAAAACGAGUUAGAACCUGAACCCGAAGAACAAAAAUCGGAUGAAAAGCAAGACGAUAUUGACCCAGGAGGAAAGACGGGCAUUUAUUACCAAAAUAAAGAACAACAACAAUUCCUCGAAAUAAAUAAGCCGUGA